CUCUUUUCCAAGCAGAAGCAGAGGUUUGUGGACAGCGAGCUGGAGAGAGGAGAUAGUGUGUUUCUCCAUGACAUUUAAAUUUCCCUUAGUGUCCGAGAAGUAAACCAAGCAAAAACUGUAAGUUCGAGGGCGUCAACUCGCUUAACUUCAACGGCCACCAUGCUGGAGGACAAGAAGACCAAGGUGAAGAUCACCUUCUUGGUUAUUCUGGUGGGCAUCUCGUCCAUGUUGGCGGCCGUGGUGACGGACCACUGGGCGGUGCUGAGUCCCAGGGUGGAGCGUCUGAACACCACCUGUGAAGCGGCCCACUUUGGGCUCUGGAGGCUUUGUAAAAAGAGCAUCUUUAUUGUGGAGGAAGACCCUGAGGGCAAGGGCUGUGGUCCUAUCAGCCUGCCAGGAGUCAAGAACUGCUCCUACUUCAAACACUUCACAUCAGGGGAGGAGGCCGAAGUUUUUGAAGUAAAGACUCAGAAAGAAUACAACAUCUCUGCUGCUGCGAUAGCCAUCUUCAGUCUGGCCUUCAUGACACUGGGCAGUCUCUGUCUCCUGGGGGCUUUUGGGAAGAGUAGAGAUUACCUGCUGAGACCAGCUGGCAUGUUCUUUGCUUUUGCAGGCCUGUGUAUCGUCAUCUCCGUAGAGGUCAUGAGGCAGUCGGUCAAACGCAUGAUUGACAGCGACGAGACUAUAUGGAUCGAGUACUACUACUCGUGGUCGUUCGCCUGCGCGUGCGCAGCCUUCACGCUCCUCUUCAUCAGCGGUAUCAGCCUGCUCAUCAUCUCCAUGCCGCACAUGCCCAGAAACCCCUGGGAAACCUGCAUGGAUGCGGAGCCAGAGCCCAUAGACUAAUAUAAGGUUAAAGGAAUAUUCCAUUUUCUUAAAAGAAAAAUCCAGAUAAUUACUCACCACCAUGUCAUCCAAAA